UAUUGGAUUCGCGAGAGAAAAGUCGCGAGAAGAAAGGUUCCAGCUACGAAAAACCGGAGAUUUCGAAAUGACGCUGGUAACGGACGCGGUGUCUUACGCGUGUCAAGCGACCGGUAGAACGUCUUACGAAGCUUUUCGACAUCAUCAGCUGCAGCUUCGACAUCACUCUGCUCACGGUCACCACUAUCACCAUCGUUUUCACCUCCAUCGACAUAAUCAUCGUUACCACCACCACCACCACCACCACCAUCAUCAUCAUCAUCAUCGGCGUCGACGCAUGUUGUACGCCUCCGACGAGAAUCCAACGAUCGACUACCUGCAAGGAUACUUUCCCGAGCGAAACGUGGACGAAGAAGGAAAAACUGUCGUCGAAACGGCUGAGAACCCCUCGACGUUAGAGUCGACAUUAGAGUCAACGAGUUCGCAGCGUUGUCGGUCGCACUCGUCGUCGUACCGUUUCGAUUCGGACGACGCGUCGUCGAUCGUAUCGGCGGACGCUUCGGCCGACCUCGAAUCGGUUUCGAUCGAGGCGGAGGAAAGCAACGAAGCCAACGAUUCGAACGAACAGAAAGAGUCCAACGAACCGAACGAGAGCGAACACGUGCCUCAUCCGCACGCCGCGUUGGACGUUUCUGCCUCGGCUCACGGGCCACGCAGAUGCCUUCUUUGGGCUUGCAAAGCUUGCAAAAAGAAAACCGUAACCGUGGACCGUAGAAAAGCUGCGACACUUCGGGAAAGAAGGCGUUUGAGGAAGGUGAACGAAGCGUUCGAAGUAUUAAAGAGAAGAACAAGCAACAAUCCGAACCAACGGCUACCAAAAGUGGAGAUUCUACGAAACGCGAUCGAGUAUAUAGAAGGUCUGGAAGCGUUGCUGCAGGCGAAUAGGUCCUCGGGAACGCAAGAUCACGGUUUAAACGAGAACACGGGUGCAGAUUCGCCGCGAUACGUGACGGAAAGGCUAAGGCAAUUCUCGGACCCUUUGGCAAGGUUUCAACCCAUCAAUGGAUUCGAGCAAACGGAACUGCAGUCGACUCAAGUCACCGGUAGCAGCCUGGAUCGUCUGAACAUGAUUGUGCAAAGUAUCAAUGAUCCGUCGUGUCCGAUCGCUGAUACUCAUCGGUACCCUUGCCACCAAUGA